UAGGCUUGUGUGCCAAAAGAGCCGAAAGUGACGUUGAAUGCGGCAUGCGAAAAUAUCACCAAACAUCAUAGUAAACAUGUAAACAAAGAAGUAAUAGUAGCGAGGUGAUAGUGAUAUGUAGCAUACUAAAGUUGAACGUACUCUGUUGCCAUCUGUGAUUCUCUUCGUGUAACUAGCGUAACUUUUUCGAGGAGGCGUGCAGGCGUGUGCCCGUGUGCUUCGCAUCAUGGCUGUCGAUCAAGGUGGGCGGUGGGAUAAGGACUUAGAUGAUGGAGUGGUUCGAAUUGUUGGACAAAUCCAACUGCGCAAGUAUGGCAAGUUCAUGGACGACUUUGCCGUCCAACUCAAAAGCAUUGAACAAGCUCUGGAUGAAACAGUUACCGACUCUUGGGAUUCAACAUUAGACCCUAUCUCACUGCAGUACCUCCCAUGCGAAAACACAACUCUGCUGGCCUUGAUUUCGACGGACAAUAAGGUACUGAACAAGGUGAUCAUGGUGUUAAGCACAUUAAGCUCCGAAAUGCAACACCUAUGUUACGAAGCAAAGACCAAGUUCUACAAUGCCUUGCUUUUUUAUGGAGAAGGGGAACUUACUGGUAACUCCAAUCCCGAGGGGGAGUCUCAAGUUGCCAUUGGACGUACUAUACCCCUCAUGCACGACUUGUUGUGUCAUGUCGACCGCUGUUACGCAGUGGCCAAGAACGUCAUACAGCAGAUGUCUGCUUUGUUUGACAAGAGCAGAGGAUCAUCUGUGAUAGACGUCACUGAUAUCCAUUUCCAAACUGUUUUCGAACACCUUGGUACUAUGCUUGCAUCCCUUGUCACUUUAGACGAAAUUAUCCAAUCACAGUCCACUUUGCGUGAACACUGGACUCUAUAUAGGCGAAUGUUGAAAUCUGUGGAACACAUCUCAACCAGAGUUGGUACAACUCCUCAAGACCUGAAAGCCCUCGAGAAACUCGUUGGGCAACUGGAAUACCGCCUUCUGCAAGGUCGGAUCUUCAUUGGCUGUGUUGAACAAGGCUUCGAUGAGGGUAAAGCACUUGUUACUAAAAACGCAGCUUUUGCUGAAGAACUUGCACUGAACAUUAAAAACUGGUUCGCUCAAGUGGAACCAAGAUUUGGUGAGAUGAACGAACUUGAUAGGCGACGGGACUUGAUGGGAAUCUAUGCAUUGUAUGUGCUUCAUUACUACAUAUUUCGCACAAUAGACAAGAGGCUUUUCAAGACGCUUUGGGAUGUCUACAAAAAAGUUGCUGCUGUUCACGUCAUAGGCAACAUCCUCUGGUUUCCUGACCGGUUCUUGCUACUUCAGAUGCCGCAGGUUGUUAAAGCCUUAGACAAAAAAGCACAGGAUCUUGUUAAAAGCCAGAGGUUGCACUUUCUACAACAGAAGGCCGCAUCCCUGCCAAAAGAUAUUCAGUCUCUGUAUAGCCAUGUCACAACUUGGCUAGUUCGUAUGGAGUCCUGCUUCAGGGACACUGACAAACUUUUGGAAGAUUUGAACAGAAAGUGCAACAUUCUUCUGCAGGGUGUCUACCUUGCAUGGUAUAUUUCAAACCAAGUGACAACUAUCAUGAAUCUGCACGUUGCACUUGCAAAGCCCAUGACGAAGACAUCCGUCCUGUUGCUAUGCAAGAUGAUAGAAAUGAUGAAGGCUAUUGAAGCAAUGUUCCACAAACAAACAGUGAAGAUAUGUGACUGCAUCAUACACAUUGUUCAGCAUUUGUCAUACACAGCUCUAUUUGCAGUACACAGUGCUAAAAAGCGCCUAGUCACAGACAAGAAGUACAGCGAACGAAAGUUGGAUGUCCUAUCAGCACUUGUUCUGACAGAGAAGUGUCUAAACGGUCCCGGUACAAGGGAAAGAAGACUUAUCAUCCACCUAGCCAUGGCAGUGGGUGUGCAGCUGAAAAACCUCAAGGAAGAUGAAUUGAGUACAUUCACCAAUAUCAUGAAAAAGUUGGACUUGAUUAGUGAACUUCAUGAGAAGCUUCAUGAAUCGUGUGAUAGUAGCUUCCUCUAUUGGCACAGGGUUGUGUUUCCCAUCUUCUUAGACGACUUGUAUAAAAGUGCCGUCGAUGGACACCGCCUUCACUAUAUCUUCGCAGCAUUAAGAGACUGUGCAGGACCAAUUAGUACGACAAAGCAUGAUUCAUCACCACAGCACAUCCUUGAUGGAUUCAAGCAGGAAGUUCUGAGUCAGUUGAAAGAGAACUUUUUGGAUCAGUUAUGUAGAGACAUUGAGACUGACCUACGACUGCAGACGCACCUCCAUUUGCAGCUUGAUGACCGGAACCCAUUUAAUGUAGGACUCAAGGACUUCUCGCAGCUCGUGAACAUUCGCCCAAUUAAGUUCUUUGACAAGAUCAUCAACAUCAAGGCCUACGUUGAGCACUAUUUGGAUAAGACCUUUUACAACUUAACCACCGUAGCACUGCAUGACUGGAAGACAUACGCAGAGAUGCGAAGCUUAGCUCAGCAGAAGUACGGACUUGUUACAGUUGAAGCUCACUUGCCUAGCCAGACCCUCGAGCAAGGCCUCGAUGUCCUAGAAAUUAUGCGCAACAUCCAUGUGUUUGUGUCUCGCUACCUGUACAACCUGAACAAUCAGAUUUUUAUCGAACGGACCAGCAAUAACAAGCACCUCAACACGAUCAAUAUCCGGCACAUAGCCAAUUCCAUCCGUACUCACGGCAUUGGAAUUAUGAACACUACCGUAAACUUCGCGUACCAGUUCCUGCGAAAGAAGUUCUUUAUUUUCUCCCAGUUCUUGUAUGACGAGCACAUCAAGUCGCGCCUUGUCAAAGACUUGAGACACUUCCGUGAAACGAGAAGCCAGGCAGAGCCAAAAUAUCCCUUUGACCGUGCAGAGAAGUUCAAUCGCGGCAUCCGGAAAUUGGGGCUCACUCCUGAUGGAGAGAGCUACCUGGAUCAGUUCCGUGCCCUCAUCAGCCAGAUUGGAAAUGCCAUUGGGUACGUGCGGAUGAUUCGUUCUGGUGGACUGCACUGCUGUAGCAUGGCCAUCCAGUAUGUCCCAGAUUUAGAUAUUGUGCCCAACUUUGAGAGCCUUUCACGUGAAGCUGAAAUGAGUGACGACUGUAUUGAAGCUGCAAAGAAGUUGGACUCUGUCGUGUCUGGGUUGACCAAAAAUUUUUCAGAAGGAACAGAGUAUUUUAGGCUUCUAGUGGACGUUUUUGCCCCCACGUUCCGCGAUUCCAGUAACAUGCACCUGCGGAACUUUUUUGUGAUACUUCCCCCACUGACGCUGAACUACGUGGAAUAUGCUGUGGCCUGUAAGGAGCGCAUGAGCAGAAAAAACAAAGUCGGUGCUGCUUUCACUGACGAUGGCUUCACCAUGGGUGUCGCCUACAUCUUGAAGCUAUUGGACCAGUAUCAAGAAUUCGAUGCACUGCAUUGGUUCCAAUCGGUGGAAGAAAAGUUCCGAAAGGACAAGGCUCAGGUUAAUGUGCAGAACAAACAAGCAGAAGGUAACGAUGAAAAGCUCCAACAAGCAAUGACACUAACAGGGAAACGCCUAGAAACUCAUAAACAUGAGUUUGACCUGCUCAACUUCUCCCUUAGCAGUGCUAGAAUUUUCUUCCGGGCAGAUUUGACAGCAGCAGAAGAGAAGCAGGAGAAGGGUGAAGAGCAACAACAGCUGAAGUCUGAAAGGAGAGAUACCAAAACAUAGCGCUUCAUCUGUGCUUUAAUGGUCGAAUGUCUGGUGGUGACUGGUCGAAUGUGUGCUUGUGAUGCUACUGUUCUUGUAUGAAGAAAGGGUUGAAUGUGCUUACGGUGUGUACCUUUUGUAGAAUUUGAUUGAACCAGCAUAAUAAAUUUUCAUUUUCUGUUUGUUA